CACCCGUAGAUUUAUUAUGGUUGCGUCUCCUCCGAGUCCUGGCGGCUGAUUGGUCAGCUGGGCGCUCCGCCGCUCCAGGAUCCUCUGGCGCAGAGAGCACCGAGCCGGAUGGGGGGGCAGAUGAUGUGAAGCGAUUCGGGCGGCCGGCUGCAGCUACGGGCGGACGGGCACUUUAAAAGCGGCUGACAACCUCGGCCCUGCUCUCUACCGUGUGUGUGUCGUCGCGGGAGCAGAGGUGCAGAAACCCGGAGGCUGAGCGAAGCGCUCUAUCACCUCAGCGUAUUUCCUGUCAGCCAUGAUGUCGGUACAAACUCCUCCUCUAUCCCGCUCUGGCUCCUCCCCCUCUAAUGUGGGAAUGGCCAAUCGCAGCGGCCCCUCCUCAGCUCCUCCCACCUCCCUCAGCCUUCGCUCAUCAUACAACCAGUUGCUUGGGCGAGACGUCAUCAAGGAGUCCAUGGAAACAGGGAGUUCGGCCACCUUGCCAAAGAGCCGUCAGAGGCACACGAUGACGAGUGUGCGCAGCGCUAUGGGGAUAAGUGACAAUUUAUCCUCUAAAAAUCUACCUGUAACCAGAGGGAGGGGGCUCCCCACCAAGUCCUCCUCCAGUUCUGCACUCUACUCCUCAUCGUCCUCGAUGUUCAAUACAACCAACCCCAAACUGGCCAAGAAUGGGGCCAACAUGCAGAGACGAGCUGAGAGUCAGCAGCAGGAGCUGAGCAGGGCCAAUACAGAGGAAAAGAUUCACAACGAUCUCCUCAAUAACCCCAGCUCUGACUGGCUGGAGUCGGGAAAAGACAAUUCACAGCUGCCCCCGUUCCGUAGAAGGACCAAGAGCUUCUUGGACUAUCAUGGGAAGGGCUGGGAUCUGGACCACAGUUGGGGAAACAAAGAGGACAACGAGGAGAAGAAGGAGCAGCCUUCCCCAGAGAACAAGCAGCAGCCUUCCCCAGAGAAGGAACAGGCCAGCCCUGCCAAGGAGAGGGAGAGCCAGAAGGAGGAGAAGCCCGGCAGCAAGCAGACCUUCCAGGAAGAGGUGGUGCCAGUGGUGGAGGAAGAGGAGGAAGAGGAGGAGGAGGAUGAACCCACACCUGCACCAAGGCCGCCCCUGCUACCGGUGCUUUUGGAAGCUCCUCUCUCCCCCACGUCCUCCUCUUCCAACGACAGCCCAGAGUGGGUCCCAGACAACCACAACCUCCUCCAGAGCCGUGCUCCAGCCCAGGUCCGAGAGGAGCUGUGUGCCCAGGUUCAGGUCAGUCCAUGCAGUCCUGCAAAGCCCCCUCGGAGCUCCCAGCCUCGGGUCAUCAAGGUUGAGCUGCACCCCAACAAUGAGAACCAGUUCCUGCAACAGUACCCGCCUUCCUCCCCGAAGCAGGCCCGGGCUGCAGAGAGGAGCACCCCCACCAGGACCCGGGCGCCCCCUGCCCUGACAGACCCUGAAGCAGAGACUACGCUCCCUAAAGUGGGCUUAAGAAUGGAUCUGACUCCUGAAAGUCCUUCAGAGGAUGAAGACUCCAGCUGGACCACCCUGUCCCAGGAGACGCCCUCUCCUCAGACUCCACGGGAGACAGCAGAUGUAUGGAGCGAGGGGGACCUGCCCCCAGGCUGGCGGGAGAUCUCAGACUCAUCAGAGAUCUAUUUCUGGCACAUCCCCACCGGCACCACGCAGUACCACCGACCUGUUGCCUCCAGCGACGAGCAGACCUCUCCUAGCAAUGAGCCAUACACUGAGCACGGCCCCCCACAGGAAGAACACGACUCCCCGAAGCCCCCCAACGAGCGCCCCAGCAGUCUGAUAUCUGGCAGCUCGGUGGAGCCGGUGCCCUCCCCCUCUGGCUCCUCCCCCUCCUCCUGCUCCUCCACCCCCUACGAUGAUGUCAUCUCAUCUGGACCAAAUCUCAACAUCACCUCCUGCGCAGCCAGUGAGCUGAAGGACUAUCCAGUCUAUCCAGAUCCCAGUCUGAAGGCGUUUCAAGGGGCUACCCUCCGCUAUGCUUCACUUAAUAUCAACACCCCAGCCCAGCUGGAGACAGUAGACCUCAACAACACCUUCUCCGAUCCCGAGGCAAUGGACCUGAAGCCCAGCAACAUCGUGGUGAAGUCCGACUGCACGCUGAAGAUCCUGGACUUCGGUUUGGCCCGAACCGCCGCCACCGGCCUCCUGAUGACGCCCUACGUUGUGACCCGAUAUUACCGCGCCCCCGAAGUCAUCCUGGGCAUGGGUUACCAGGCCAACGGUGAGUACAAGAAGCAGCUCCUUCUCAGCGACCAAUGA